AUGAAAUCUUUAGUUGAUGUAUUUAAAGCAGGUGAUAAUCAUGACGAGGCGCUGAUUGCAUGUCUCACUGGUAUUGCUGCCUGUACAGAUAAAGAAAGGGUUUUACCUGUAAUCUUCGAAGAAUUAAUACUUGAGCAUGGCGAGAAAUUAAGAAACAUCAGAACAAUCGAAAAAACUGAGGAUAUAGACUUCACUCCAUUUCCAGUUCCAGAGCCAGAACAAGUAAUUAUUCAAACUCAGCAAGUCUCAGUAUCUCAACCUACAACUACGCAGCCAAAUUCAGAACCAACGCCAGUACCUAACAGAAUGACUGUUCAAAGUGAGCGUUUCAAAGCUAAAGGACUUGAUACAGUCAGAACUCCCGGAUUUCAAACAGCAUUAGCAGCAACUGGUAAGACAAAAGAGAAUAAAGAGGAAGAAAUAGACGAAAGAUUACGUGGAGUUGAUCCAAGACUUUUAGAAAUAAUAGAAAAUGAAAUUUUAAUCGGAAAUCCAGGCACAAAAUGGGAAGAUAUUGCAGGCCUAGACCAUGCAAAGCAAGCUGUCCAAGAAGCAAUCAUUUUACCAAUGAAAUACCCCGACUUAUUUACCGAAUUACGUGAACCACCUCGUGGAGUUCUUUUCUUCGGUCCACCAGGUACAGGCAAGACCCUCAUUGCCAAAGCCUUAGCCACAGAAGCUCAGUGCACUUUCUUUAACAUAUCAGCCUCUUCAUUAACUUCUAAGUGGGUGGGUGAAGGAGAGAAGCUCACCAGGGCACUUUUUGCCUUGGCCCGAAUCAAAGCGCCUUCUAUCGUAUUCAUAGACGAAAUUGACUCAAUUUUGACAAAAAGAGGCGACAACGAUUUCGAAGCAUCCAGGAGAGUUAAAACCGAGUUCCUUCUACAGUUCGAAGGUGUAGGGAGUGGAAAAGAGAGAGUCUUGAUCCUUGGAGCAACAAAUAGACCUCAAGAUAUUGAUGAUGCGGCGAGAAGAAGAUUUACGAAGAGAAUCUACAUCCCAUUACCUGAUAUAGCAACACGUGGCCAAUUAGUAAGAAUUCUCGUCAAAAGAGCUUCAAAUACGUUGAAUGAAGAACAAAUUGACAAAAUUGCAGAGAUGACUGAUGGAUACAGUUGUGCUGAUAUGACUACUCUGUUGAAAGAGGCAGCAAUGGUUCCUUUGAGAGAAACAACAUUUACAAGUGGCGUAAAACCAACAAUUAGACCUUUAUCUUUCGAAGAUGUUGAGAAAACUCUCAAAUCUGUCAAACCAUCUGUAUCUGCUGAUUCAUUGGUACAAUAUGUUGAAUGGAACAAUGAAUUUGGUUCAACUGCAAUGUAA